AUGUUUGUGCCUCAUACAUCUUCUAGCUAUGGGGUUCAAGGAUCUCACAGUGGUUCAUUGUCUGGCUGUAUGUCUUCAGGACAUGGUUUGCUUCCUACCCCGACUUCUCAUGUUGGUUAUUCUGGUAAUGCAUCUUCUCGACCUCUUUCUCUGUCUUUUGGUCCUCGCCCUGUUUCUCAUAAUGGUUUUCGUCGAGGCAAGUUCAAUGGUGGAAGCAAUUUUAGCUCUCCAACUCAUCCAAAUUUCAGAGGCAUUACUCCUGAUUAUCGAGGCCACAACACAUUUUUUGGUUCCAAGUCGAAUUACUCAUUUCAAGGUCAAGCUCCUCCUUCUUCCUUAACUGCUAUGACAUCACAGACUUUUUAUUCUCCUGAACAAGUAUGGAUUGCUGAUAGUGGAGCCACACAUCAUAUGGUGGGUGAUGUGUCUCAGUUGCAACAUGUGACUCCAUGUGUUACUGAGGAAAAUGUCACAGUUGGAAAUGGGCUUACAAUGCCCUAUGUUUUUCAUGUUCCUAAACUCAAAGCAAAUCUUUUGUCAGUGCACCAACAUUGUAAGGAUAACAACUGCUAUAUUGUGUUUGAUGUGUCUGGUUUCUUAAUACAGGACAAAGUCACUCAUCAGGUGCUUCUUAAGGGAAAGAGUGAUCAUGGCUUAUAUCCUAUUCCACUGCUUCCUCAGUCUACAAUAUCUUCAAUUUCUUCAAUAAAGCUUACAUUGGCCAGCAAAUAA